AUGUUCAAUCUUCUUGGUGGUGGGAUGAGGGUUAUUACGGACAAUCCACCGUCGGCAUAUGAUGUAAUAAAGAGCUACAACCUUCCAAUUGGUGUUCUUCCCCAAGGUGUUGUUGGCUACAAUUUGGAUCCCAAUAUUCAUAUGUUUUCUGUUAAUCUCGGUGGUUAUUGUAACUUCCAUAUAGGGAAAUAUAAGGUGAAAUACAGCCCCAUGAUUACAGUGAAAACCCUAACUCAAGAAUCUCUACAGUCGCCACUCACCAUCAACCAACCACCACCACUCACCCUCGACAUCUCCCCCGCCAUCUACAAAAACAACUAUUAG